UGCUUAAAGUAUUAAACCCUAAACCUCAAAAAAUCCCAGAAGCCCAAAUGUUGAUAUCCCCCCUCUGCCUGUAAAUUGUAGCAACAUCAAAAUGGCAACAGCCACUAAAAUCCUAUUUUCCCAGCAGGGUAGCCGCCGGUGCUUGUGGUUGCCCGGCUCCUAUUUCCGUAGAUAUUUGUGCUCUGAACCAAAACAACACCCAGAUCCCUUAAUAAUCGAACCAGUCUCUUACCCAGUAAGAUCCGAACAUGAAAGCCAAGAAAAUUCCCAAGAACAAGAACAACAGCAGCAACAACCUCCCAGAAGAAGAAGUCAGCAAGAACAAGAUUGGAGUCGGGAGGACUUCCGUUACAUGAAGGACGCUCCUCCAUCCAUUUCAAUAACUCCAGUGUCGUACGCACCACGGGUUGCGCCGCUGCCGGAGGACAGGGUUCAAGGACAGGACGCACAUAAUGUUGAUAUGGAGAGAGAAAGGAUGAGGAUUGAGGCGCGGAGGAAUCUGGGGAGAAGAGCUUUUAAGGUUGUGGAAGAGGAAGGGAAAGUGGUGCUGCCUUUUCCUAGAUUAAUCAAGCCUGUUAAGAAGGAAAAGAAGCCUCUUUUUGACUUGAAUGAGGCUAUUAAGCAAGUCAAGGCUAAUGCCAGGAAUACUUUUGAUGAGACUGUUGAAGCACAUGUAAAAUUGAGUAUAGAUAAAUCUCGAUCUGACCUGAUAGUUCGUGGCACCUUGGCUUUGCCUCACGGUGGUAAGAAGUCUCUCAGGGUGGCUGUCUUUGCUGAAGGUGCAGAUGCAGAUGAAGCAAGAGCCGCGGGAGCUGAUAUUGUUGGAGGUGUUGAACUUAUUGAUGAAAUUGCAAAAGCUGGCAAGAUUGACUUUGAUCAUUGUUUCACGACUCCACAAUUUUUCCCUCGCAUUGCUAAGCUGGGGAAGAUUCUUAAUCGUCAAGGUUUGAUGCCUGAUCUUAAACAUGGUACUGUUGUCAGUGAUGUUGCUAAAGCAGUAAAGAAUGCAAAAAAGAAUCAAAUUAAGUUUAAAAUGGACAAAACAGCAAUUGUGCAUGUGGGACUUGGAAAGGUGAGUUUUACAGAAGAGUCUUUGCGCGAGAAUGUAGGUGCAUUUAUGAAUGCUCUUCUGCAAGCAAAGCCCGCUGGCUUAAAGAAGACUUCCAAAUAUGCUGGAUACGUCAACUCCUUCCAUAUUUGCAGCACUAUGGGGCAGGGAUUCCCUGUUUCAAUACAGUCAUUAUCCAAAGCUGUAGAUUACUACAGCAAAGUGCAUCUGAAUUGAUCUGGUCCCAACACAAUUACAGCACUCAAACUUGUUAGUUUUUGUCAAGAAAUUAUUUGGUAUAGAAAAGCUGAUUUAGUUUCACAUGCAUUUCGUUCCAGAGGUUUUUUUUUAAUCGAAAUCAUUUUGUUGGUAGGCAUAAUUUUGAGUUUUUACAAACCAAACAGUUUCAUCCGAAGUGUUGCGCUUGAUGGAAUAACCGGGAAGUUUUGCCGAUGACGGCCUGGAGUGAAAUUGGCUGUGACGUUGGCUUUAGAAUUGGUAAUGGGAGAAAACAUGGAGCAAGCUCUGGCGAGAUUAAAAGAUAGGCUGGUGGGUUUAAUUUCGAGUCUUGAGUAAUUUCUCAAAUGGGUUCUGAAAACUGAAUGCAAUGAAUGAAUUAAUUUAAGACUAAGUGUCUUGCCUUUUCUCUAAGCUUAUCAAUUUGUUUU